AUGCACCAUCACAAGAAAGCCAUCAAAAGAGUGUUGGAGGAAGCAGGGAUCAAGCAGGGAUCAGCAGAAAUGAUCAAGUCAUAUCAGAAGGCCAUUGACACCAUCAUGAAGUCCCUGACUGCUGAGGAGAUACAGGAGGCUGAGGAUCUGGCCACAGAAUGGACUGAGCAGCAGCCACCAUGGGAUGUUCAAUCAGAAACUGCAGAAAAGAAAGGCCAACAAUAUGCUGAGGAGUUUGCUAAGGAAAUGUGGAAGCAGUGUGAGGCAAGGGUGGUAGUGAUGGUGGCAUGGGAAGAUGUCAAUAGAGGUCAUAGUUGGAGCAUAAGGAAUUUCCAUGAUUUCAAUGAUGAAUUGGGUCAUGGCAAGUUAUUUCAGGGCUUGGAGGACUGCAGGGACAAAUUUGUCAAGUAUGCAUGGACAGCAUUUGGGAGUGGUGGCACAGAUGAUGACUCAGCAGACAAUGAUGCUGCUCCACAGCUGCAGCAGUGA